AUGUAUAACCAACAACAAACGAAUCCUUUACAACAUGGUGCAGCUGCACGAAUUGUGAGGCCAAACCUUGCUGCUCAUCCUCAAAUGUCUCCAAAUGUCGCGGCACAUUCGCCUGCUCAAUCCCUUCAUGGUCAACAAGUUCUUGACAAGCCAGGGGUGUUCAACACUGGACGAUCUCCUCAAUUAGGCAGUGUUUAUUCUUAUCCGGGUUCUGCUGGUUCAGUUCCCUUUAGUCCUCAACAGCAUGUAAGUGUUGGACAACAACAUGCAAUUUAUGGAAGUCAACAUUUAUUGCAACACCAACCACAAUCGCAGCAAAUGUCUCAUCCCUUAUCUGAUGCUCCAGCGCCAAAUACUCCUUCCACGCCUCAACAAAUUCCGCAGCCUCAUUCUACUGGCUCAACAGCCACCACAGCAACAUUUCAUACGCAUCAACCUGUACCUCAAGGUUCCGUUGGCCCACCUUCUUCAAUACCGAUGCAGGUUGGUACCCCGGCCGUUGCUCAGUCGACAAAUGCAUCUCCAAGCAAACAGCCGUCAACUUCAACACAGCCCCCAGCUGUUGUGCAACCGGAUAUUGACCCAAUUGCAACUUCCAAGAUGUUAAUUUUGAAGGAUUUGAGAAGAACUAUUGUUGUAAGCCUUUUAAUUUAA